CAACACACUCUGUGUGUGACUGUUAGAGAGAGAAAGAGAAUGCUGUUACUGUGAGUGUGUGCAUCCUGUAGAGAGAGAGAGAGAGAGAGAGACUGUUACAGAGAGAAACAACUAAGAGCCAUAAAUGCCUCUCAGAAAUAAAGCGUGAGGGCUUUUCAUGUUUCACGGAUUUUCUUUCAGUACGGCACCACCCUAUUGUAGUCCAGUCCAUGCUCUAUGCCUCUCUAUACACACUCACACUUCGUAGCCUUCAACAACAUUCACUGAUUUAACACUCGCCUUGAGAUUUGAGAUUUGAGAUUGUCUUUUGUAUUUGCUUUUUUUUUUUUUCUCUUUUCUCUCUCUGAAGUUGUGUUGAAGGUAGGGAUGAUGGAGUCGGAGCUGAGUAAGAUGACGCAGGAGAUUUUCUCUAAGCUCGAGCAGAAAUGGCUUUACCACUGCGAAGGAAGGAAAACGCGUGUUCUUUGCAUCGACGGCGGAGGAACUACCGGCAUUGUUUCCGCUGCUGCUUUGAUCCAUCUAGAGGAUCAGAUCUGCGCGAAAACCGGCGAUCCUAAUGCUCGGAUUGCCGACUUCUUCGAUGUUAUCGCCGGUACUGGAAUAGGUGCUAUCUUCGCCACAAUGUUGACUGCCGACGGAGGAAACGGCCGUCCUUUGUAUACGGCAAAGGAAGCCUUCGCGUUCGUGAGAGAGAAGCAGGCGGAGCUGUUCAAAAAGAAGCACGUCGGCGUUUUUGGCAGGCGGCGGAAAUUUUCGGGAAAGAGUAUGGAUAAGGUGUUGAAGGAGGCUUUGAGGAGAGAGGACGGAACGGUUUUGACGUUGAAGGACACGUGCAAGCCGCUUCUCGUCCCUUGCUUUGACCUGAACAGCUCAGCGCCGUUCGUUUUCUCCCGUGCCGACGCCUCGGAGUCCGCGAGCUUUGACUUCGAGCUCUGGAAAGUGUGCCGCGCCACGUCAGCUAAUCCGUCCAUUUUCAAGCCGUUUCCACUCAAGUCCGUCGACGGAAAAACCUUUUGUCUGGCCGUAGACGGCGGACUUGUCAUGAACAACCCAACCGCCGCCGCCGUUACUCACGUUUUGCACAACAAGCGAGAUUUUCCGUCCGUAACAGGCGUGGAUGACCUUUUGGUUCUCUCUCUAGGUAACGGUUCGUUUUCCGCUUCGCCAAACUCUAAACUCCGUAACAACGACUAUUGCUCUACAGCGUCCGUUGUAGGCAUUGUCCUUGACGGCGUUUCCGAAACCGUCGAUCAAAUGCUUGGCAACGCCUUCACUUGGAACCCCAACGGUUACGUGAGAAUCCAGGCAAAUGGCCUUGCGAGUGGACUGGGAGAGAAAGUGGAGGACGUGUUGGGAGAGAGAGGAGUGGAAUCGUUGCCGUUUGGCGGCAAGCGGUUAUUGACGGAAACAAACGGACAGCGAAUAGGAGGCUUCGUGCAACGGCUUGUUGCUUCCGGGAGGAGCAGCCUACCACCGAGUCCGUGCAAGGAAAAUGCCGUUAGUCCUCUUACUAACGGUCGUUAAUAUCAUCAUCCCAUUCCUCUUUUUGUAAUGCUUUUUUUGUCCAGACUCUAUUUAGUCUAUGCCCAACUAAUAAUGUAGCAGUGAUCCUGUAACAACUUAGCAUUAUCCUCUACCUGCAAGCGUAACUACUUUUCUA